AUGGUUUGGUUGCCGGGGGAAACUCGGACUUGGGAUGAGUACAAGAAGAAAUGGAUCGUUGUAAACGACUCAAACUCCAAAGAAAAGAAUAAUGAAGAGGAGGAUGGUAAGGACUGGAUUAGCGAGUUGCCUGAUGACAUGAUUAUUAUCAUAUUGUCUCUCCUGCCCUUGAGAGAAGCUGGGUUCACCAGUGUUCUUUCACACCGAUGGUCGGAUUUGUGGAAGCACAUUCCUAAUCUCGCCUUUGCUUACUAUCGAAACGUAGUAACUAUGUCUGUUAGUGCUAUCAGAGACAUGACACCAGAAAAACCCCUCGAAAGAGUAAAUUCUGUUCUUAAAUUGCAUCAAGCUCUUUCCCUCAAAAAGUUCGAAAUCUGUGUGUACGUAGACAAGUCAGUACAACGCUUAGUCACCAAGUGGCUCAAAUUUGUGUGGUCGAGAAACGUUGAGAUAUUGAAUUUGAACUUCAUAUGUUCAGAUCCAGAGUAUAGAGUUGUCUUAGGAGCUUCGCUGGUGCAGACAAGGCCAACGAAAUACCUCAAGACUUUGUCUCUCGAAAACAUCAAAGUGGGCGGUGAAGACAUCUCCUUGUUCCUCAUAAACUGUCCUUUGUUGAGUGAAUUGAACAUCAAAUCCUCGUCUGUGACGUCGGAUCUUCAUGUAUGCGGUGCAACCCUUGCACUGAAGCUUCUUCGGAUAUGGGAAUGUGUCUAUAAUAAUGGAUCAGUCGUCAACAUUUCUGCUCCAAAUCUUUCUCAAGUUGACGUCGAUGAAAGAAUUGGAAAGCUAUUAAUCGAGAACGUUCCAAGACUUGUUGUUGCGAGUUUUAAUAUUGAAGGUCAAAAAUAUACUGUGCAUAAAUUUGCUUCUGCAGUGCAUUGCUUUACUUCUAAUCUCAACACACUCAUCUUGUACCUCUUGUAUCCUAAGAACAUUUUAGGGAAAGGGUUUCCCCAAAUGCCUAAUCUCAAGGAGUUGAUUGUUAUCGAUGAGAGCGGAUUGUUCGAGCACGAUUAUCUCUUGCCUGCACCCUAUGUAAUAGCAGCAUGUCCUCGCCUCCAGAGUGCCACUUUCAAGAUGGAAGAACGGAAGUUGAAAUAUGUCCACACCAACAGCUUAAAACCUUAA